UAGGGAAGAUGACAUCUCACCCACAGAAUCAUCUUAUGGCUCUUCAAAUUUUGCAGGGCAUCGACAUCGAUGCUCCAAAAUGAGCUCUACUGUCCAUUUUCAUAUCUACAAACUCCGGAAAGAAAACCUAAAGCUCUCUUUUAGUUUCUGUGCAGUUCUAUCAGUUUUUUGUUGCUUCUGAUUAUAAGUUAAGCUUGGAAUCCAUGGAGUUAGGAGUGGAAUCUCCAUUUAUCAGUCGAUCUAGAUUCUUUUAUGGCAGAAAUUCGUUCUUCGUCGCCUGCAGUCGUCAACUAAAAAUCUCUGCUAACACACCACCUGGGUUUAUGUGCUAUCGUAGUCUAAAUAGGAGGAAUUGUGCUGGUCCUUAUAUUUCCAGAAGUAUACGGACGUCGAAAUUCCAGGAAGCUAAGUCGAUUAAUGGCGAGUUCUCCUCGAAACCGGCGGUUAUAGAAAGAGAGGCUGUGGUGGUUGGUAAUUCUAUUGUGGAUAAGAAGCUAGAUUUUUUGGAGGUUUUGUUCAAGGGUGGAUCUAUUUUUGGUGCAAUGGUUUGUGGAAUUUUUGUGCUUGGCUGCCAAAGGGUUCUUGCGAUGGAAGGGGUUGUUAAUGCGGGCUAUAGUGUUUUUGGACAGAGCCAGCUGUUACUGAAGGGCGCUUGGCCCAAAGUGUUGCAGGUUCUAUGGGUGUUCAAAGAGCAAGGUUUGAUUUUGGCUGCGCUUUUGAGUCUUUCCGCAUUUUUUUCCAUGGCUGAGACUUCAAUAACGACGUUAUGGCCUUGGAAGGUGCGUGAAUUGGCUGAAAAGGAGCCUGAGAAUGGUGUCUUCAGAAUGCUUCGAAGUGAUGUGACGCGGUUCCUGACUACUAUUUUAAUAGGCACCACUGUGGUCAACAUUGGAGCAACUGCACUAGUCACAGAGGCUGCAACAGCAAUAUUUGGUGAAGCGGGUAUCAGUGCUGCAACCGGAGUUAUGACUGUUGCUGUUUUGCUCCUCACAGAAAUCACUCCAAAAAGUAUUGCAGUUCACCAUGCCACAGAGGUUGCUAGGUUUGUGGUCAGACCAGUGGCAUGGCUUUCCUUGAUAUUGUAUCCUGUGGGAAGAGUUGUCACUUUUCUAUCAAUGGGAAUGCUUAAAAUGCUCGGGUUGAAAGGGAGAAGUGAACCAUAUGUCACUGAAGAUGAGUUGAAGUUGAUGUUGCGAGGGGCAGAGUUGAGUGGAGCAAUAGAGGAGGAAGAACAGGACAUGAUUGAAAAUGUGUUAGAGAUAAAAGAUACACAUGUCAGGGAAGUAAUGACACCUCUGGUAGAUGUUGUUGCAAUCGAUGCCAGUGCAUCACUUAUUGAUUUCCAUAACUUGUGGGUGACUCAUCAAUAUUCGAGAGUGCCUGUUUUUGAGCAGCGUGUUGACAAUAUAGUGGGUAUUGCAUAUGCAAUGGAUCUACUGGAUCAUGUCCAAAAGGGUGAGCUACUAGAAAGUUCUUUUGUGGGAGGUAUUGCACACAAGCCUGCAUAUUUUGUGCCAGAUUCAAUGUCAGUAUGGAAUCUUCUUAGAGAGUUUCGCAUCAGGAAGGUCCACAUGGCUGUUGUUCUUAAUGAAUAUGGUGGAACUGUGGGAGUAGUAACUCUGGAAGAUGUUGUUGAAGAAAUUGUUGGUGAAAUCUUUGAUGAGAAUGAUUCGAAGGAGGAGAUCCAGAAAAAAACUGGUUAUGUUGUUAUGCGAGCGGAAGGGAUUUUUGAUGUUGAUGCAAACACAUCAAUAGAUCAACUCUCAGAGGAUUUAGAUGUUAAAAUGCAGGAGGGCCACCAGUAUGAGACUGUAUCAGGUUUUAUCUGUGAGGCAUUUGGAUAUAUUCCCAGGACAGGUGAGACUAUAAAAGUGGUACUUGAAAAGGCAAACCGGGAGGAGAAUGAUGAAUAUAAUGAAGCAGAAUCUGAUCGCCAUGAUCAUAAGGAAAAGUAUCAGAGUUAUAAACUUGAGAUAUUGGCAGGAAAUGCAAGGAAGGUAAGUGCUGUCCGAUUUGAACGAGUAAACCAGGAUGAUACAACAUCAGAGACCAAAGAAGUAACUCGCUUGGUACCUAGAAUCAUGAAAAGGAAACGGAAGGGUGACGAAGACUCGAAUAAGGGUGAGUGCCUUGAGAUUCCAUUCCAGGAGAGACAAGAGGAUGGUCUCUGUGUUGAUGUAAUUGCUGAACAUGAAGAUGAUUAUGAUUACGAGUAUGAUAAUAGAAAUAAACAGUAGUUAAUACUCCCUGAGCCUCCCUUUCAUACAGCAGCAAGAGUAGGUAAAGAGAAAACAAAAAGGAGAAAAUAAUAAGGGAAACUAGCAUGUAAGUUUUGGUUACAGAUGAAGAGAAGUAUCAACAUCGGUAUCAUCAAAAUUA